AUGGGAAUUCUCGCAACAGCGGCACCAGGAAUUGCUGCUCUGGACACGCCGAACAUCUCACACCCAACGCCGAUUUCGUCAGCGCGUCUCUCUGUUGCGGCAUCACAGUCAUCGGAAACUUCCGAUGACACGUCACGUGAAUCUAUCCAUUCCGUUUCCCAGGAACUGCUCCUAGAGUCGUUAGCCUACUACCGCUCUAUAGGCGGAAGCUUCGCGUGUGUACAGAUCCCAGAUCCGAUGGAUGUUCAAGUCUUUCGUCAGGAGAGACCAUUCCUUCUGCUUGCCAUUAUUGUUGUUACGCGCUGGAGGCACCGGACUGACCAAACCAAACUCGAACAAGAGUUCUUGAAGGACAUGGGCGAGCGUUUCUUUGUCAAGGGCGAAAAGUCCAUGGACCUUCUUCAAGGGCUUUUAGUGUACCUGAGCUGGCAAUCAAGGUACCACUUCUUCACACCUCAGCCAUCCCAGCAAGGCUUCAGGCUGGCGUCAUUAGCAGCAAACCUUGUAGUUGAGCUUGGUUUGCAUAAGAAGCCUCAAUGUUCGAGUCAACAUGAUGCCAUCGUCGGCGUGGCUCAUCCGUCGAUAUCUGGCGGGUUAUCGGAGUUUUGGAAGCGCGAGGCACAACGCGCACUCAUCGGAACAUAUCUUGCUUGCACUCUAUCUGCUAUCCUUUUUCGCAAAGGAAAUCCUUUGCAAUAUACCGAAUACAUGGAGCAAUGCGCAGUCUCAUUGGCAGAAGAAUCACCGUACCCCUCUGACAAGAUUCUGGUUCACUUCGUUCGACUGGUGUAUAUCAACGAGCAAGUGUAUGACAAUCUCCACCAUGGAGACUGGGGUACUGGAGAUACGACGAACGACGAGAAGAUAAAGCUCCUCGUUGGUGCUAUCGAGCGGCAACUCAAGAACUGGAAGUCCAAGUUGCCUCAUGAAUUAAUGGAUCACUGUCAGUAA